ACAAGCAGAAGCAGACGACGUCUGAGAUGAGAAAUUGGGAGGUCUUGUGUUUUGUUAACUUGGACAGUUAAUUUUUGAAACAAAAUGUUUUUAAAGCUGUUAUCAUGAUACGACAGUUUUCCAAAAUUUCACAAGGUGUACGAACGUUGAAAUUCCAACAAACAAACCCCAUAUCAAGUUGGAAUGGGUUGUGUUACCAUCCUAUACAACACUGUGAGAUACCACAUUUAAGGUUAGGUCUUCCAAGAUUCUUCAGCCAUGACGGUCCACAUUAUUCUAAAUCUGAUGACCCCAACGAAGUGCCCCUGAGUGAUAUCCCUGUCAGUCACAUACGUAACUUUUGCAUUAUUGCUCAUGUCGAUCAUGGUAAAAGCACGCUCGCAGAUAGGCUCCUAGAAUUCACUGGAGCAUGGAGCCCAUCAGAACACCAAGGCCAGCCAGGGGCUGGAAAAACACAGCAAGUCUUGGACAAACUUCAGGUGGAACAGGAACGUGGGAUUACAGUCAAAGCCCAAACUGCUUCUCUGCGAUACACUCACAAUAAUGAAGAGUUCCUGCUGAAUUUGAUUGAUACACCUGGUCAUGUCGACUUUUCAAAUGAAGUGUCGCGUUCAUUGGCUGUGUGUCAGGGAGUCAUAUUACUAGUGGAUGCAAAUGAAGGGGUUCAAGCUCAAACUGUGGCUAAUUUCUAUUUAGCCUUUACUAGAGAGCUUGCAGUUAUUCCUGUUCUUAAUAAAUGUGAUCUGAAGGCUGCAGAUCCUGAAUGGGCUGCCGGACAGCUUGAAAACCUUUUUGAUAUCGAUCCUAAAACUGUUCUGAAGAUUUCUGCAAAGACUGGAAUGGGAGUGGAUGACGUACUGACUGCUAUUGUAGAAAGAAUUCCUCCACCCCAAGUAGAUCGAGAGGCACCAUGCAGGGCUCUUGUGUUUGAUGGGUGGUUUGAUCGUUUCAGAGGAUUUUUGACAAUGCUUUAUGUUGUUGAUGGAUCUCUGAAAGUGAAUGAUGAAAUUUAUCUCACUUUGCCUGGUGAACUUGACGAUAAAUUGAAAAAGAAGUAUAUUGUUAAAGGUUUGGGACUCUUACAACCAAUGGAGGAAAAGACUGACCUCUUAAAUGCUGGACAAGUUGGGUUCAUGUUUUGCAAUGUCCGUUCAGCAAGUGAGGCAACACUAGGUAGUACAGUUCAUAGAUGCAAAGAUGCAGUGACACCAUUGACUGCAUUUCCCCCUGCUCAUCCCAUGGUGUAUGCUGGACUUUAUCCUAUUGACCAAUCCCAGUUUCAAGCACUACGAAUUGCUUUAGACAAGUUACUGAUAAAUGAUUCUGGAGUAACAAUGGAAACUGAGACAAGUGCUGCACUUGGUACUGGUUUUCGUUUGGGAUUUCUAGGCCUCCUUCAUAUGGAAGUGUUCAGUCAAAGGCUCGCACAAGAAUUUGGUACUGAAACUAUUGCAACAGCUCCUAGUGUUCGCUACAAAAUGAAAAUAUUCGGAGAGAAAUCCAUCAAGAAGUACGGUGGAGACACUAUCGUUGUUUCUAAUGCUGCUGACAUGCCAGAUGGGGGUAUCAUAAAAGAAAUGUUUGAGCCAGUAGUCAAUGCGACCAUUAUUACUCCAGAUUCUUAUAUUGGCCCGAUUGUAAAACUGUGCUGUGAGCGUCGAGGAAGAGAGUCAUCUUCACCGACAUCUAUUGAUAGCAAAAGAGUUAUGCUGAGGUAUAUCUUACCUCUAAAUGAAGUUGUUAUGGAUUUCCAUGACACACUAAAAUCUCUAUCAUCGGGUUAUGCUAGUUUUGACUAUGAGGAGCAUGGAUAUGAGCCCACAAUGCUUAGCAAGGUGGACAUUCUUUUGAAUGGCAUUCCAGUCCAGGAAUUGAGUGUCAUUGUUCAUGACAGCAAAGUAAGAGAGGAAGGGCGGAGAUUAGUGGAAAAACUUUGUGAAAUUAUCCCCAGAGAACAGUUUCCGAUUGCUGUUCAAUCUUAUACACGAGGAAAAAUUAUUGCUCGAGGAAAUAUUAAACCUUACAGAAAAGAUGUUACAGCUAAAUUGUAUGGAGGAGAUGUAACACGCCGAAGAAAGUUACUAGCCAGACAGAAGGAGGGAAAAGAGAGACUCAAGAUGGUUGCUAACAUAGGUUUACCAAGAGAUACAUUCAUCAAGCUUUUAAAAAAAUAAUUUGUAAAAAAAAAAUAUUUUAAUUAAUAAAA